GGGAGAAGAAAGGAUUUCAAAUUUUCCACUUCAAUGUCUUAUGCUUAUAGAUUUAAGUAUAUCCUCAUCGGUGAUACUGGAGUAGGGAAAUCAUGCCUUCUGCUUAAGUUCACCGACAAGAGGUUUCAAGCGGUGCAUGAUCUCACCAUUGGUGUUGAAUUUGGGUCCAAGACGAUCACUAUCGACAACAUACCCAUCAAACUCCAGAUCUGGGAUACGGCUGGUCAAGAAGCAUUUAGGUCUGUUACAAGGUCUUACUAUAGAGGGCGUGCCGGGACACUGCUUGUCUAUGAUAUCACAAGGAGGGAGACAUUUAACCAUCUAGCCAGCUGGCUAGAAGAGGCAAGGCGGCAUGCAAGUGAAAAUAUGACGACAAUGCUCAUUGGGAAUAAGUGUGAUCUUGAAGAGAAAAGGGCAGUGAGUACAGAAGAAGGAGAGCAGUUUGCAAGGGAGCAUGGUCUUAUAUUCAUGGAGGCCUCUGCCAAGACUGCUCACAAUGUCGAGGAGGCAUUCAUCGAGACAGCCGCAACAAUAUACAAAAGGAUUAAAGAUGGUGUGGUUGAUGAGGCAAAUGAGCCUGGAAUAACUCCAGGGCCAUUUGAUGGAUAUGAUGCCAUCUCCUCGAAGCAAAGAAGAGGGUGCUGCGGCUGAGAUGGGAAAAAUGUCUUUUUAAAAAUGUGUUUGCUUCUUUAUAUUGUUGUAAUUCGUUUUGGAGUUCGAUUUAGUGACUGUGUUAUGGUGAAGUUAAGAACAGAUUGACAAAACAGGUUUUUGUCUAUUCACAUAUCAAAUUAAGAUGUGUUUUGCGUAUCUAAGAAAUGUAGCCCAUUUGC